AAUGCUCCAAUGGCAAUUUUGACGUCGCAGCGAACGGUUGUGUCUUGUUUCCGUCGAGUUGUAGAGGGGUUAAAGCACAGCUAAGUGGCCAAUUUGUUGUACUGAGUCAGAGAACACAUUUUCCAAUUGAAUAAAAUAGCGCUUUAAGUGAAUCAAUUAUAGAAAUCUUCGAAUAUAAAACGGAAACAACGAAUUCGUGCUCACAGCCAAGGCGGUAUUAUACGCUCUUAAUAACCAUACAAAGAAUAAAAGCAAACGAAAUCAAGUGAGGAAAAAAAAUUCGCUGAAGAAAAAUCAUUAGCGAGAAGGUGAACAAGCAAAUUAUUGAUUUUCCGUGACGAAACAGCAGAAUAAAGAGAACAUAAGAGCGUCAGCUGAGGUGAAAGACGACAGUGUUAAAAAAGAGAGAGAAAAAAAAAACACAUUACGAAAAUUUGUUUUAACAAAAAUAUUGUAAAAUAACACAAAUAUUGCUAAUUAACAACAACAAAAGUUAAAACGGUGUUUGUUCUUGUUGUUGACUCGUAACAGCAGUGAAGUAGUUAAAAAUAUAUGUAAAGAGGCUCCCGAACAGCCGCUGAACAUAAAAAAGUAAGCAGUGUGCGAGAAAUUUAAGAGCUAAGCGGCGACUUUUGCAGCGGAAGUGCAUUUACAUUCAGGUCACGCGUUGCGCGCACACACUCACGUACGCACUCGACUGCCGUCAGAAGGGAGUUGCAACAGCAGCAAAGGCGAAAUAGCAACUGAUAAACCAAUAACAAAACACCAGUACAGUAAAAGAAAGAAAACAAGCAAGCUCAAGCCCAAACGCCGACACAACGCCAGGAGUGACACAUCAGCACAGUUUGGCCUCAGCCACAGACACACACACACGCAUACACAAACAUAUCGACUACCACAAGUGCCACUCAUUAUACAGCCACCAAGCACCUGUGCAACAAGCAAUACAAGAACAAUAAAAGCUACAACAAAUCACCACACGAAUUCUAAAGCCGAUUGAAAAAGAAGAAAGGGAAAGUAGCAGCAGUUGCAGGAAACAAAAUUCGUUUAUUGGUGUUGAAGUGUUGAGUUGCUUUGAAGAUGCCGCAGUCCGAAGGCGGCUACACGGCGCUCGAUAGCGCCGGCACCAAUGGUCCCGAUGGCAGUGGUGGCGCCAUCUAUCAGUCAACCACAGAGCCGACCGGUCCACACUCGGUUUUCGAAUCGAUGAAACGCGCCAUUGGUCAGGUGGUCGGCACAACAAAUGGUAGUUCCCAGGAUACCGACGAUUUGCUAACGACGACCAAUGGCCGUCAGGCCACCAUUGUUGGAUCAAGUGUUUAUUUCAGAGACCGGGACAAAAUCGGUAAGCCACUGAACACGAAGAUGCCAUCUGCGCCGACACACACGGCCGAGGAGGCACGUCUGUUGGGCACCAUGCCCGUCGAUCCUAUGGACGAUAUUGAAUUGCGCUCUGUGUGGCUGCAAUUCCCAUACACACGCGGCUCUACAUUGCAGGCAUGCGAGCAACGUCUUGUGCCCACUGAUAAGGGCGAUAUACACGUGUCCGUGCAGGGCGACACUACAAAGCCGGCAAUUUUGACGUAUCAUGAUCUGGGAUUAAAUUAUGCUACUAGCUUUGCUGGAUUUUUCAACUUUCCGCCACUUCGCAGUUUGCUUGAGAAUUUCUGCGUCUACCAUGUGACAGCUCCUGGGCAAGAGGAAGGAGCACCUACAUUGCCAGAAGAUUAUGUCUAUCCAACCAUGGAUGAAUUGGCCGCUCAGCUGGUUUUCGUGAUGUCGCAUUUUGGUCUCAAAUCAGUGAUCGGCUUCGGAGUUGGCGCUGGCGCCAAUAUACUGGCACGCUUCGCCCACAACCAUCCGGAUAAGGUCGGCGCCUUGGUGCUCAUCAAUUGCGUUUCGACACAGUCCGGCUGGAUCGAAUGGGGCUACCAGAGUUUCAAUACACGCUUCUUGCGUACCAAAGGUAUGACUCAGAGCGUCAUCGAUUAUUUGAUGUGGCACCAUUUGGGCCGCAAUCCAGAGGAGCGCAACUACGAUAUGGUGCAAAUGUUUAAGCAACACUUUGAACGCGGCGUCAAUCCCACUAACUUGGCCAUGUUCAUCAAUUCGUACAUACAUCGCAACGAUUUGAAUAUUACACGUACACCACCUGGCACUCCCGGUACACAGCCAUCGUCGUGCACACUGAAAAUGCCGGUUAUUAAUAUUACUGGCGCCUUGUCGCCACAUGUCGACGAUACUGUUACCUUCAAUGGGCGCUUGGAUCCAACAAACUCAUCUUGGAUGAAGAUCUCCGAUUGCGCCAUGGUGAUGGAGGAACAGCCGGCGAAAUUGGCCGAGGCCUUCAGGCUUUUCCUGCAGGGCGAGGGCUACGCCACGCCGCUCUCCACGCCAGCCACCUCGCCAUGUGGCACCAAGUAUCAGACCUACUCGUCCAUCUUCUUCGCCAACUUCAAGGAGCAGCAGGAGAAGGAGCGACGCGAACAGCUAGCUGAGCAACAACAACAACAGCUGCAGCAGCAGCAGCAGCAGAAACAACAAAAGAAGCUGCGCAGCAAUGUGCGCCUCUGUCGCGAAACUGCCAUUAACAACAACAACACCACGAAUACCGGUUACGCCUCGAGUAGCGGCGACGCCUCCGGCGGCGAGUCCGACGGCAACGGCAAUCAGUCGAUUGAACGCGAACGCCACUUGCCCGCCUGCGACAUGCAGAAGGAUUUGGAUGACUUGGACUUCGAGGCGGAGCCGGAGGUGAGCGUCAAUGGCACAGCAUACACGAGCGCGCAGAAGAUGCGCAUCACGGAGAAUCCACUGCCGGAGGCUGUCAGCUGUUAGAUGAAAGCGAUAUCAAGUUACAACACCUGAAGAGACUAGUGAGCGAGAGCGCAGAGUUAGAAGUGAAGAAAGGCAGCGCAAGUCAACCGAAAAGUAAGUGAAAUGUUGUGCGAGUGUAAAGUAGCGGAUGAGUAAGCGAAGCUGCGUGUUGUGCGUAGUAAAAAUAUAUCAUUCAAGAAUUGCUGCGUUUCUUCAAGCCAAAGACUUGAAGACGUGCAUCAUUGCGCUCAGAGGCCUAUUGUAGUAAAAUAAAUUGCAUAUUAAAACUAAAAAAAGAAAAUACACAAUUUUCGUAAGCGGCAUUAGUGCACGCGCGCAUUUGACACCAACAAGCUGCUGAGGCUAUGCGCCACACAUACAUACGUAAGUGCAAAAAAUUAAUAACGAGCGAAAUAUCACUGCUGCAGCCGAAACCGCCCAUAAACAUGUAGAAACCAAAAAUUGAAUGUCAUUAUUAAAAAAAAUUAUGACAGACAUUAUUUAAAAUCAUUUUGUUUUGAUUAUACUCAGAAAAAAAAUAUAAUGUUAAAAAUAUAGUUAAGAUUUUUCUUAAAUGUCGUCCCUCUAUUUUGCCUUGGCCGAAAAUUAAACACAUGUUUAUUCAACUAUUUUGAAAAAUGUGCUUAAAAAUAACUUAUUUUAAACAAAAGUGCCGGAUUUUAAAUUAAAAAAAGUAGUUUG